GUCGUGCUCCAGGUUCGGCUGCAGCUGUUUGCUUUUUCCUGAAACACGACGAAGGAAGUCCGAGGAUCUGCUGCUGCUGCUGCUUCACAGCGUCCAGGUGUGUCCAGGUGUGUCCAGGUGUGAUCAGGUAAACGAUGGGAGUCACUGAUCCUGUUCGGCCUCGGCGUCCCUUCAACAGCAUCAAGUUCUUUGUGUUCUGCCACUGCUUGCUGCAGUUGUCUCAGCUCCUGGUUUCGGGCUACAUGAAGAGCUCCAUCUCCACCAUCGAGAGACGUUAUGGUCUGUCCAGCCAGAAGUCCGGCCUGCUGGCCGCCUUCAACGAGGUGGGGAACACCGUCCUCAUCGUCUUCGUCAGUUUCUUCGGCAGCCGAGUCCACCGGCCGCGCUUCAUCGGGGGCGGGGCUCUGCUGGCGGGCGUGGCCUCGCUGCUGAUGGCGACGCCUCACUUCCUGAGCGGGAAAUAUCACUACGGCGACCAUGUCAACACCUCCGUUCUCUGCCAAUCAGAGAGCGGCCCGGCCGCCCCAUCGUCCAAUCAGAGCUGCCUGGCGCAGCAGAGCUCCGCCCAGCAGGUGGUGUAUCCUCUGCUGCUGCUGGCUCAGCUGCUGCUGGGCGUGGCCUCGGUUCCCAUCCAGCCGUUCGGCAUCUCGUACAUCGACGACCACGCCAGCCGGAGGAACUCGCCGCUCUAUCUCGGCAUCCUUCUGGCCGUCACCUCCAUCGGUCCGGCCUUCGGCUUCGUCACCGGCGCCUUCAUGCUGCGAUUCUACGUCGACUUCGACAAACUAACCAAAGACCAGAUCAAGCUGGACUCCAAGGACCUUCGCUGGGUCGGAGCCUGGUGGGUCGGCUUCCUUAUGGCCGCCUGCCUCCUCUUCAUCACCGCGCUGCCGUACUUCUUCUUCCCCAGAAACAUGCCCAAAGAGGAAGCUGCAGACGACGCAGAGUCCAAACCGGACGGCAAGCAGCAGACGAAGCCCCUCCAGGAGCUCUCCCUGCUUCAGUUCCUCAAAAGUUUCCCUCGAAUCGCUCUGCGGACGCUGAGGAGUCCGAUCUACCUGCUGGUGGUUCUGGCUCAGGUGAACCUGGCGGCGCUGCUGUCCGGACUCGCCACCUUCAUGGCCAAGUUCAUCGAGAGGCAGUUCAGCCAGACGGUGUCCUUCUCCACCAUGAUGAUCGGAGCGGUCGGGAUCCCGAUGGCGGUGCUGGGAACCGUCCUGGGCGGAGCUCUGAUGCGAAGGUUCAAUCUUUCCGUCAGUGGCUCCAGCAAGUUGUGCACGGCGGCCAUCUUGCUCUGCAUGUUCUCCGCCAUGCCGCUGCUCCUGAUUGGCUGCCCGACACAGACGGUCGCUGGCGUGUUUCCUUCCAGGGAGUUGUCCUGCAGUUCUGGCUGUCGGUGUCCUCAGGAGGCCUUUAACCCAGUCUGUGGUUCUGAUGGCGUUGAGUUCAGGUCGCCUUGCCAUGCCGGCUGUUUGUCUGUCGAAACCGACGCCGACAACAAAGUCACAAACUACACUGACUGUCGGUGUGUCGGUGGUCUGGCCGUCGCCCUCCCUGGGACCUGUGGCAGUGGAUGUUCUCACCUCCUGCGGCCCUUCAUGGUUCUUCUGGCUCUCACCAGCUUCAUCGCCGCCUUCUCCCAGACGCCGUCGUACAUGAUGAUACUCCGGUCGGUGCCCACAGAGGACAAGUCCUUCGCGGUGGGAGUCCAGUACAUGCUGUUCAGGGUCCUCGGUGAGUCCACGUUCUUGGGGCUGCAGGUGGUGUUUGUUUGCGGCGCGCUGCUCUGCUUCCUGCUGACGGUCGUCGUCCUGCGGCGGCGGCGAGCUGAACUUCAGGAGCUGCAGCCGGACAACAAAGGAGGCUACGAGCUGGUGAACGAACACAAAGCUGCAGACGGCAGCAAAGAGGAGAACGGAACCAAGACCUGA